AUGCCUUCAUUAUUAGAAGGAGGAGGAGGGGGCUUCGGAAGUCUAUUGGAUGAAUUGGAUUUUUCAAUGCACCCGAUGAUCACUGCGGUGACAUCAUAUUUCAUAGUCACAGCGUCGGAUAUGAUUCCAUUUGUCCCUUGCCAACCGAUAGCAAUUGCUCUAGGAGCCAAGCUUGGGUUCUCUGUCGCCUUCCCUAUCACCCUCCUUGGCCAAACGACAGCUGGGGUUCUAGCAUUUUCGGGAGCGCGAAAGGCCGCUGACUCUGAUACUGCUCAGAAAGUGGCAACUUCGAAGCUACCGCAAGAAGCGCUGGAAAAGUUGGAUGAAUUAAGAAAUAUGACAGACGCUGCAAAGCAAGGAGAUGGAAAGAUUCUGCUGGCAUUGAUUGGUUUGCGAUUAGCACCGUUCUUUCCUUUCUCGGCUGGGAACUAUGUGCUUGGGAGUACCACGUCAGUACCAUUGCGGCUGUUCAUCGUCGCAACGCUGCUUGGAUGCAUUGCUUCCAACCUGUUGUCCGUUGGCAUCGGUGCAGGUGGGGCCAUGAUGAUUACCUCUGAGAAUGUGAAUCAAUUCUUGACGUUACCGUGGAGUUUGUAA